AUGCCAUUAAGGCCAUCACUUUCCACUUAUGUUAUUAUUAAAAAUGCCUUUCUUUUCCCAUUUGGCUUUGGAAUCUCAGCAAACAUUUUUUUCCUUUACUUUCAAAUUUCCACACUCCUUCUGGAUGUCAGGCCUAAGCCAAUCAACAUGAUUACCUGUCACCUGGCCCUUGUCCACAUCAUGAUGCUGCUUAAUGUACUUUUUUUCUUAUCUCCAGACCUGUUUGAGUUAUUGAGUUUUCAGAAUGACUUCAAAUGUAAGGCAUAUUUCUACAUGAACAGGGUGAUGAGGGGCCUCUCCAUAUUCACCACCUGCUUCCUGAGUGUGUUCCAGGCCACCACCAUCAGCCCUAGAACCGCCUGGUUGGCAAGAUUUAAACAUAAAUCUAGAAAUUAUAUUACAUGUGUUUUCUUUUUCCUAUGGUCUCAGUUGUCUUCCAGUGGUAAUGUGAUCUUCUACAUUGUGGCUUACUCCAACAUGACCCAAACCAAUCUACUAAGAAUAGAAAAAUACUGCUCACUUUCCCCCAUGAACUCCGUCAUUAGGGGUCUUUUUUUCACUCUCACAAUAUCCAGGGAUAUUUCCUUCAUAGGAAUCACGCUGCUUUCAAGCGCAUACAUGGUGAUUCUCUUGUCCAGGCACCAGAGGCAAUACCAGCACCUUCGCAGCUCAGCCUCCCAAAGAGCCAACCCAGCAAAAAGAGCUGCUCAGACCAUCCUGCUGCUGGUGAGUUUCUUUGUGGUCAUGAACUGGCUGGACUUCAUCCUCUCAUUCUCCUCAACCCUGUUAAAGGCAUAUGACCCAGUCAUCCUGAGUGUCCAGACACUUGUGGUCAAUGUCUAUGCCAUUGUCAGUCCUUUGAUGCUAAUCAGUUCUGAUAAGAAGAUGAUCAACAUUCUGCAAGAUAUGCAACAGAAGUGUCUUCAAUUUUUAAUAAUUUAA